AUGGCCACGAUCCUACCGGUCAGUCACCGUCCAUCAUCACCACCACUGCAUAACCCUGUCAUCCCCGUCCCGGUCCUGAUCUUCCCCUCCCUCCGCUGCGUCACCCCUCAAUCCUCCCGCGUCCCCGUCCCCGUGUCCACCAUCUCCACCAUCUCCAUCAUUCCCAAGGCAAAUUCCCUGCAGCAGCUCACCACCAUCGUUGGGUCCGCGUCACGAACCGCAAAGCUAAUCUCUGUUCUGCUUGCACAGAAGUCGCGGUUCCCUACCUCGCCUUCAAAAAUGCAGGAUUCGAACAAGAUGCUCGAGGGCAUCUCGCAGAAGCUGCUGGGUGCCGCGGCCGCGACUAUGAAGCUCUACAGCACCAUGACGAAGUCCGACGAAAUGCAACACCCGCUGUCGUGGAGUUCCGACGGCUUCACCCUCGACAGCUUUGACGUCGUACAUAUCCCCGGCGGCCAUGACAAGGCCGUUAGGCAGCUGUUAGACUCGGCGACUGUCCAAGCUCUCUUUGCCGACUAUUUCCCCAAGACCAAGAAGCCGGGGAGGAAGAUCGUGUCCGCGAUUUGCCACGGCCCGUUGGUUCUCUGUAACGCCAAGGGUGAGGAUGGCAACAGCGUGCUGUACCAUUGCACAACCACAGCUCUGCCAGGAUAUCUCGAGACAGUCGCCUUUCAUGGAACCAAAUGGUUCCUUGGAGACUACUAUAAGACGUACGGUGCUGGAAGUGAAAACGUCGAGACUUCUAUGAAGAAAGUGCUCAAAGACCCAAGCCAAUUCAAGGUCAGCUGGAUUCCCAACCGGCCGUUCGUUGUUGAAGAUCCGGAGUACAACUAUGUCAGCGCUCGAUAUCCCCCUGAUGCGGAAAAGUUCUCCGAGGCGGUCGUCGACCUGGUUCAUGUGGUCCAAACCUACAGUGAGGGCGAGUCACGCAGUUCCUAA